AUGGCUCCAUCCGCUGUUGAAGUUUACCCAACCACCCGCAUCCAUGACUUGAAGGUCAAGGCCCAGGAGGUUGUCUCCCAGGCCACCGCUCCUGCCAAGCUCAUCAAGCCGGCUAUGCAACUUGCAGGUGCUCUUGACAAGUUUGAGUCCUUCGAUAUCACCCCAGUCAUUGGCAAGGAGUUCCCUACUGCCAACCUUGCUGAAUGGCUUGAGUCUCCUAACGCCGAUGAGCUCAUUCGCGAUCUUGCCGUCACUGUCUCCCAGCGUGGUGUCGUCUUCUUCCGCAAGCAGGAUGGCCUCACCAAUGAGCUUCAGAAGAAGCUUUGCCAGAAGCUUGGUGAGUUGACUGGUAAGCCCGCCGACUCGUCGAUGCACAUUCACCCAAUCUCCAACAAGUCGUUCCAAUGCAACAAGGACGAUGAGAUUUCCGUGAUCAGCAACGAUCUUGCCACCAAGAUCUUCUGUGACCGCAAGACUGAGCAGCACAAGAAGCAACAGUCUCUCAAGAAGGGCUGGCACUCUGAUAUCACUUUUGAGCCUGCCCCGUCCGACUAUGCUAUCUUGAAGCUCACCGACCUCCCUAGUCUCGGUGGUGACACUCUCUGGGCUUCCGGUUACGAAGUUUAUGAUCGAUUCUCCCCAGCCUACCAGAAGUUCCUGGAUGGGCUCACGGCUACCUAUGCCCAGCCCCUCUUCACCCAGGCUGCCAAAGACAAGAAGUUCAAGCUGUACGAUGAGGCCCGUGGCAGCCCACUCAACGUCGGCACUGAGCUCAGCACCGAGCACCCAGUUAUCCGCACCAACCCCGUCACCGGCUGGAAGACUGUUUUCGCUGUUGGCCACCACGUCCAGCACAUCAACGGCUUGACUGACCGCGAAAGCUCCCACCUCCUUAACGAGUUUCUCCGCAUGAUCACUGAGAACCAUGAUCUGCAAUGCCGCUUCAAGUGGAACAACCAGAACGACCUUGCUAUCUGGGACAACCGCUCCACUUACCAUGCUGCUACUUAUGACUAUGAUGGUAUGGGCCUUCGCACUGGUCAACGCUGCGUCGGCAUUGGUGAGCGCCCAUAUUUCGACCCUGCCUCCAAGAGCAAGCGUGAGGCCGAGGGUGAGGAGUAUCUGGAGCCGGGUGAGGGCUUCACCGUCUUCUAA